UGGAGCUUCACAGAAACUUCCCAAAAGUCCAUGCUUACCCUGCACGCAGUCGAUGCUUACCCAGCAAGUAAAGGAGGGCAAGUCCGUCCUUUCAGCCUCUCUCUCCCGCAUUCGUACCGGUUUUCACUCUCCUUUAGAUACUCCAUCCUCUAACAAGGCACGCGUUACAGUCUAGACGUUAUUGAUUACUCGUUUGCUGAAAUGGAGGGUCGUGGAGGAAGAGGAAGAGGAAGAGGAAGGGGAGAUGGUGGUGGAGGCGGUUCCGGAUGGAGAGGGAGAGGGAGAGGGAGAGGGUGGGGACAGCCCACUCAGCCGUGGAGGCCCUCCAAUCCGGUCGGACAGCCGGUUCAACGGUGGGUUCCCAACCCGGUCCAACAACCACAACCUCCAACAAUCGCGCCGGCAACAGCUGCUCCGGUCGGACAGCCGGUUCAACUGUGGGUUCCCAACCCGGUCCAACAACCACAACGUCCAACAUUCGUGCCGGCAACAGCUGCUACGGUGGAGUUGCCGACUUCUUCUCAUCAUGACAAAGAAGCUGGGGACAAGCGUAUUCCUAUGAGAAGGCCGGACAAAGGUGGCACCAAUGCUGUCAGAUCUGUUUCACUUCGUGUGAAUCAUUUUCCUGUCAAGUUCAAGUCUAAUAGGCUCAUAAUGCAUUAUGAUGUUGAUAUUAAACCAGAGGCUCCGCCCAAGGGUCGUGCAGUAAAGAUAUCAAAGGCCACUUUGUAUAUGAUACGAGAAAAGCUCUGUGUUGAUCACCCCUCACAGUUUCCUACAUCAAAGAUUGCUUAUGAUGGUGAGAAGAACAUUUUUAGUGCUGUUGAGCUUCCCACUGGGAAAUUUAAGGUGGAGAUCUCUGGAGGAGAAGAGAUGAAGGUUUGUUUGUUCAUUGUCACUAUAAAUCUGGUGAAGCAACUUGAGCUUCAAAAGUUGAGUGAUUACUUAAGCGGGGUACUCUCCUUUGUUCCCCGUGAUAUAUUACAAGGUAUGGAUGUGGUAAUGAAGGAGAAUCCUGCUAGACAUAUGAUAUCUUCUGGUCGGAGCUUUUACCAAUUUAAAGACUCAGGAAAAGACGAGCUGGGAUAUGGUAUUAUAGCUUCUAGAGGAUUUCAACAUAGUCUCAAACCCACUGCCCAGGGUCUAUCCUUGUGCUUGGACUACUCGGUUGUGCCAUUUUUUAAUCCAAUUUCGGUUUUAGAGUUCCUAAAGGAGCAUGUUCGUGGCUUCUCCUUACGAGAGUUUAAGAGAUACAGGAGUAAGGUUGAGGCUACCUUAAAGGGAUUGAAAGUUAGAGUGACUCACCGUAAUACAGGUCAAAAGUUCAUUAUUGCAGGUUUAACUAGUCAAGACACGCGAAAUCUGUCAUUUCUUGCUGAAGAUCCAGAACGCAAAGUUUUGCCAAAGAAAGUAAUCCUUGUUGAUUAUUUCUAUGAAAAGUAUGGCAAGGAUAUUGUGCACAAGGAUAUUCCCUGCUUAGAUGUGGGAAAAAACAAUAGGAAUAACUAUGUACCAAUGGAAUUCUGCACUUUGGUUGAGGGGCAGAGGUAUACAAAAGAGAUUUUGGAUAAAGAUGCUGCUCAGGGGCUGAAACGUGAGCAACUUCCUACACCAGUUGUUAGAGAAAGCAAAAUAUGUGCAAUGGUGCAGGCAAACGAUGGACCAUGCGGGGGAGGUAUCAUUGACAGUUUUGGCAUUGAUGUAAACAAGAACAUGACAGCACUUGCAGGACGAGUCAUUGGGCCACCAGAGUUGAAGUUAGGAGACCCUUCCGAGGGCAAGGUGAACAAGUUAACUGUGGAUAAGGACAAAUGCCAGUGGAAUUUGGUUGGAAAAUUGGUCGUGAAAGGCAUACCAGUUGACCACUGGGCUGUGGUGGACUUCACUGCGUACGAGCAGUACAACAGGCUGAAUACCGGGCAAUUUAUUUCAGGAUUUAUUAGGCGGUGUGGAAAGUUAGGAAUCCAAAUGCGGAAUCCUCUUUUCUGUGAAACUGCCAACAUGCAUGCCUUCAGAGAAUUCCCUGUGCUACGGGAGCUGCUCGACAAGGUUUACAAAAAAGCAAGAUGCCAAUUACAAAUUCUUGUGUGUGUCAUGGCUAGGAGGGAUGCUGGCUAUGGAUAUCUUAAGUGGUUCUCUGAGACCAGAUUGGGGAUGGUUACUCAAUGUUGUUUGUCCGGCCCCGCCAACAAAGUCAGUGAUCAGUAUCUUGCCAAUCUUGCUCUCAAGUUGAACGCUAAGCUAGGGGGCAGCAAUGUAGAGCUUAUAGAAAGACUUCCACGGUUUGAAGGUGAAGGACAUGUGAUGUUUAUUGGUGCUGAUGUCAAUCACCCAGGCUCUCAGAACACAACUAGUCCAUCAAUAGCGGCUGUUGUUGCCACAGUGAAUUGGCCUGCAGCAAACCGCUAUGCAGCUCGAAUUCGCCCACAAGCCCAUCGAAUGGAGAAGAUUCAGAAUUUUGGGGCGAUGUGCCUGGAGCUUGUUGAGGCUUAUGUUCAGGCAAAUAAAGUCAAGCCAGAGAAGAUUGUGGUGUUCCGUGAUGGUGUAAGUGAGGGCCAAUUUGACAUGGUUCUGAAUGAAGAAUUACUUGAUCUCAAGAGAGCAAUCCAGGGGGGAAAUUACUGCCCGACCAUUACUCUUAUUGUGGCCCGGAAGAGACACCUAACCCGGUUGUUUCCUAAGGUAAAUGAUCGGAGCUUUAAUGGGAAUGUGCCUCCAGGCACUGUUGUGGACACAACAGUGGUCCACCUAUCUGAGUUCGACUUCUAUCUUUGCAGCCACUAUGGUACACUUGGGACAAGCAAACCCACGCACUAUCAUGUCCUACACGAUGAGCACAGGUUUAGUUCUGACCAGAUCCAGAAGCUUAUCUAUAACUUGUGUUUCACCUUUGCUCGGUGUACAAAACCUGUCUCGCUGGUCCCACCAGUGUACUAUGCUGACCUUGCUGCCUAUAGAGGAAGGCUGUACUAUGAUGCAAUUGUGGCAGAGGUUGGAGCUUCAGCUGCAACUUCAUCAUCAGUCGCCUCACCAUCAUCAUCAUCGGCUGGAGCUUGGCCCAAUGACGGGCUUUACCGUCUGCAUGGUGCUCUGGAGAACAUGAUGUUUUUCAUCUGAAAAGAAUCAUGGAUCCGGAUCUCCUUUUCUACUUGCUGUACUGAAGAAGAAGGUUCUACAUAUCUGGUGAAAAGGCCUGUAGCAGCUUCAACAACAACCUCCUUUCCUAUGCAUAAAUUAGUAAAGGAGUUUGUGCGUGAAUCUAAUGGGUGUCUAGUGAUGUUAGUUGUCAUGGCCAAUGCUGGCCAUAUGCUAACAUUUUCACCGUGUUUGGACAUGUCUGUUUUGUUGUCAUUCCAAGCGUGUUUGUGAGUUGUAUUUACUGUUGUGUGUGUUCAUGUAUUACAGGGUUUGCAGGGUUGUGAUGUGAUGUUUUUAGGUUGUUCUGGUCUGCACUACGUCUUUCUUCAAUGAGUUUCUACUUUGUUAAGUGCCUAAUGCUACAAUGACCUCGUUUUUUUUCUUCUUUUUUUUUUUUCUUUGAGUCGAGUGAAUUACGUGAAUCCAAGCCACUUGUUUUCUUUUCUCGUCUUUUGCAACCACGACGGUAUUUCAACGAACAUGUAUGUGUAGACCCCCAAUUUUAGACAGACCAUUUUUUUUUUACCAUCUUUUGGAGGCUUUUAGACACUUCUAGAGAGGGACCUUAGCUGGGGAGGACACGUGGCAUAGGAGGAUAUUCUGGUGGUUUGUUGAGAGCAGAGAGAGAUAUAGGCUGGGGGAGUGACAUGUGGCAGUGGGAUUCUCUGGCCGUUAGAACUUUUCCUGUAGUCUUGGAGGGCAAGAAAGAGAGAAGCGGAGAAGGGAGGGAGGAUUUUUUUCAGCAGAUUGGGGAGUUUUAGAGAGGGAGCAUGUCAGCAGAUUGGGGGAGUUUGAGAGAGAGUGAGGCUGUUAGAGAGAGUGGGAUGGUUGGACAGUAAGAGGGUGACACGCUUCUGGGAGGGGGGAUUUUUGGGUGUCUUGGGCAGCAAGAAAAUUUCAGAGAGCAGAGGCAGGCAGAGGAUGGUUGGAGGUUUUUGAAGAGGAACGGUGAGAGAGUGCUGUUGAAGGAGCGGGGUGAUAUUCUGGGUUUUAGAGAGAAAACUUGAGGAUUUUUCUGGUGAAGGUCUGUUUCGAGAGAGGUGCAGAGAGAGGCUUGGGAAGCAAGAAAGGAGGCAGAGCAGAAGAAAAGGAGAGGAAAACCAGACCUGGAAGCAGAGGGGGAGCUGGAGCAGAGAGGGGAGCAAAGAGGAAGCAGGGGGAGUUGGAGAUUUCUUCUGAGGUUUUAGAGAUGAGAGCUUGGUCGAAGCCAAGCAGAUCAGUAUGAUUAUCGGGUCUCCCAUUUUCUACUGUUCUCAUUUCUUUCCCUGUAUAUCUAUAUCUAUGGAUGUUAUUUGAUGCUUUGAUAUAGACACCAGAUGCCAGAUUUCAUCUUGUUGAUCAUUGGUUAGCUAUGGACAUGUCAUUGGUUUACUCA